AACUUGCCUUGUUGUCUAUCAGGUCUUCUGAUCUGGGGGAUGUUCCAGAAAAUGACUUGGAGGAUGCAGAUGAACCUUUGUUGGCUGAUUCCCCAGAACCACCUAUGCCGGUUGAACCAGAAGAAACAACUAGUGAGGAUAGCCAGCCAGGCACACUACACCCAGAGCAGGCCCUGCCCCAUAUCUUCAAGAGUAUCCAGAAUGUUUUGACAUUGCUCCCUUUUAAAGACCUCUUAACAUUUAAGACGUGGUUUUACCAGUGGGAACGAGACCUUACCCAGAAACAAGCGAUGGAGGGGGACCUUCUUGAUUUUGUGGACAUGAUCCUGGAGAAACUCGGACAGGAUCGUUCCCUGUCGCAUACAAUACAAACCCUGAAAAGCAUCGGCAAGACAGAAGAGGCAGACACACUACGUGUUACGUGUAAAAGAGCGCUGGUCCGUUUUCAACUGCAGCAGGAAUUGUCCAGAAAACACAAAUAUAUCCACGAGGGGGUUGUUCAAGCUGGAAAGCAGAAUUUAUUCGAAUCCAUCUACGUAGAGCCCCAGAUUUCCACCUGUGGUUAUGGAGGAGUUGACCCCUCCCAUGAAUUCCGACCCCAUCCACCAACCCACCUCAGGGUCCCCAGUCCCCACACCUUCGUCGGGCUGAACGAUCUGUUGCGACUACAAAAGGAAGAUGGUCAACCAGCGAGGACCGUGGUCACCACUGGCUUUGCAGGCAUGGGCAUGUCUGUGUCUAAGGCGAAAUUCUGCCUGAAUUGGGCAGAAAUGCGUGCAAAUAAGGAUCUGCAGUUCGUUUUCAAGCUUUCUUUCCGGAAUUUCUGGACCCUGCGACAAAAUGAAAAUCAUAUCGCAAAGACGAUGUCCAUCAUGGAUGUGUUGGAAUAUUAUUAUCCUGAGUGCAAAGACAUGAAAUACCUGGAGGACGAGGACUGUAAAUUUGUCGUCGUAAUGGACUCACUUGAUUGUUACCGAGAACCUCUGGACUGGCUGAAUGCUCCAGUAAUAAAUGACAAUGUCACCAAAGCAACUCCCGGCGUCCUGGUUGUGAAUAUCGUCCGAGGCACUGUGCUCCGUGGGGCUUGCGUUUGGAUCCUGGGGAGACGGACUGCUAUCUCCCAAAUACCACCUCAGUUCAUUGAUGUCUUCACAGAGAUACAGGGCUUCAGUGAUACGAUGAAGGAUGAAUACCUGAGCAAGCGUUAUGAAGACGCAGCGCUAGCAGCAAAGAUCGUGGCGCAUUAUAAGCUCCUCCCGUCCCUCGUUAUUCUCACCCGACAACCCUUCGUGUGCUGGAUGGUGGCCACAAUGUUCAAGCGCAGCUUCAAACGUCGGGGCUAUGGGGAGAACCCCCCCAGGCUGACGCCGUUCUACAUCAAUGUUUUGGUCGUCCAGAUGAAUCGCAGGCUGGAGUUCUACUACGGAAAGGCGGAAAAUGAACUGAAAUGGUCCCCUGAAGAUAAACACGUGGCGACUAAGAUCGGGAAGAUGGCCUUCAAGAUGCUGGAGAAGGACAUCAGUGUGUUCUGUGAAGAGGACGUGAAGGAGUACGGUGUGAGCUUCACGGAGGUGACGUUGUUGUCCGGUCUGUGCACCGAGCUCCCUUCCUCAGAUGGGAAGAAGUUCUGCUUCGUACACUUCAGCGUGCAGGAGUUCAUGGCCGCUGUGUACGUCUUCACAAUGUUUCGCGAAGAGUCCAAAAAUGUUCUGGAGAGCAUGUUGUUGCCGAGAGCCAAGUUCUUCGCAUCCAAGGAUCAUACCAGAUCAGUGGCCGGCGUCGUCCAGAGCGCCUUAACGCGGACCCUCAGCUCCCCGCUGGGCCACUACGACAUGUUCCUGCGCUUUCUGUGCGGCUUGCUCGCCCCGGACUGCCACGACAAUCAGCUGGCCGGUUUCCUGUUCCGCUACCACAUGCCGAAGGUGGGGGGGCUGGACGAGACGCAGCGGCUGCUGCAGCAGGCAAUAAAGACCGCUGAAGUUAAGAAUCGAGACCGGGUGGGGAACUUAAAGGAGUGCCUUAGAGAAAUGAGCCAGACAGAUGAUUGAGUCAGGGUUAAACUGCAUCAUGGAAAUCAGUGUCACUUGGAAUGGAAAUGUGCUAUAUGGAAAAGAUAGAUACAAAUACAGCCUGCACUGUUAUAUUCCAUCAUAGAAUUCAUGAGUGAUCAAAGUGUGAUGCUCAAAACAGUGAAAACAUAAGUGAUAAAGUGACUUGUUCAAGUUGGUGUAAUUUUAGCUUUGAUAAUGUCAUACAAUGGACGUUGAUGAGGAUAUCAAACAGUCUGAAUCAACAGUGCAAUGAACAUGUUGUCCUAUGCUUUCCGUUACAUUGGAGUUGCGGCAAAACUACAUUACGUUUGUCAUGUCUUACAAUCAGCACUAAGAGACUUCAAAUCAGUCAUUUUUAAUUUAGUGUGCUUUUCUUUGAAACCAUACGCAUUGGAGGGAACAAGCAAGUAACUUUUGAAACAGGAGAAUGUCAUGAGAUUUGAAACAGAUGGGAGUUGUAGGUUAUGGAUGAAAGGUAAUGGUAUGGGUGAAUAAUUUAUUCCUAAAUUAGUCUGGAUUGAUAUCAUAGUAUGUAUGCAUGUUUGUCUCGGGUGAUUCUUGGUGCUUUUGUAUUUGCUGAAUUAUAGAUUCAUUCUUCUGUUUACCUUUUCUACCAUUAAUCAACACAAAAUCGAAUAUUAUGGAAUAUCAGCUUUUAUGUGCAUUUGUUUAUUGUUUUUAUAUUUAUUGUUUUUAUAUGUUACCUGCUGACAAACAUUUAAAGACCCACUAAAUGCAAUGAACUUUUGUCAGUGUAUAAGAUGUGUGUGUGUGUGUGUGGCUGUCUUCCCUCAAUAAAUAUGAUACAAUAAGGUAAAUG